AUGGGAUAUUUUCGCCUGGCGUUGACGGGUCGCGUCGCACGACGUCAAUGGCGAUACUUCAGCACAAGCCGACGAUUAAUGAGAGAUCCACAACUGGAAGAAUAUGACCGUAUGUUCCAAAAUGAAUUUGGGUCAUUAAAGGACAAAUACGAUGCACCGAAACAUCCGAUUGUGCUUGCACACGGUCUCUUAGGGUUCGACGAACUUCGCCUCGCUGGCUCUUUUCUGCCAGGGAUUCAAUACUGGCGAGGAAUCGUGAAUGCGCUACGAUUACAGAACAUCGAAGUAAUAACUACGGAAGUUCCGUCGUCGGGCUCAAUUGAAGCACGAGCGGAAAAACUGGCUAUGAGGAUUGCGGAAAAGGCUGGAGGGAAGAGCGUGAACAUCAUCGCGGGCUUGGACUCGAGGUACAUGAUCAGUAACUUAAAGCCCGAAAACGUUAAAGUCUUGUCCCUCACAACGAUUGCUACACCACACCGUGGAUCAUCUUUUGCAGAUUAUCUUCACGAACAAUUAGGCCCGAUCCACUUCAAAAGACUUUCUCGAGUAUUAGGCCAAGUUGGAAUGGAAUCGGGCGCAUUCUCGCAGUUGACACAGAAGUAUCUGAUAGAAGAAUUCAAUCCAAAAACGCCGGAUCGGGAUGACGUCCGGUAUUUCUCAUAUGGCGCAUCACUUGAGCCCACGGUAUGGUCUGUCUUCUGGUACUCGCACCGGAUCAUUAAGCAGAGGGAACAAGCGAUGAAUGAUGGACUUGUCAGCGUACCAAGCUCUCGAUGGGGUAAAUAUCAAGGAACUUUGACAGGAGUUAGCCAUCUUGAUUUAAUCAAUUGGACGAGCAGAGUGAAGGUUCUGUUUUGGCUCUUGACCGGUGUCAAGAGAAGUUUCAAUGCGCAUGCAUUAUACCUUGAAAUCGCUGGUACGAUUAUGCCUUACACGCUCCGCCUUGUCACACAUUGA